GCAAUGUCGCAAUUGCUUACGUUUUCCCACCGAUCCUCCCGACGACCGGUAGAAGUUGCCCGCCGCCCUUUUUUUUUUCGGUCAAAGAUGCCCGCCGCCCUUCGGGCUUCUUUCUCUAUUUGUUCGCGGGCUCCCGCCCUUCUCCAGAGACACCCCAAAACCGAAUAGCGGGAGCGAGAUCGAGCGAGGAGAGAGAGGAGAGAAGGAUGAGUGGGAGUGGGAAGGUGGUGUGCGUGACCGGUGCGUCCGGCUACAUCGCUUCCUGGCUCGUCAAGCUUCUCCUCCAGCGCGGAUAUACCGUGCGCGGCACCGUCCGGGAUCUUGCUGAUCCAAAGAAAACUGAGCAUUUACGUGCCUUGGAAGGAGCCAAUGAAAGGCUACAACUGUUUAAAGCAAACUUGUUAGAAGAGGGCUCUUUCGAUUCAGUGGUUAAGGGGUGCGAGGGUGUUUUUCAUACAGCAUCUCCUUGCUAUGUAAAUGCGACAGAUCCGCAGGCUGAGUUUAUUGACCCGGCAGUGAAGGGGACACUGAAUGUUUUCGGUUCCUGCAUUAAAACUCCUUCUGUUAAAAGGGUGGUCGUAACAUCGUCCAUGGCUACUGUUGUGUGCAAUGGAAGACCACAAACACCUGAUGUCGUAGUUGAUGCGACAUGGUUUUCUAGUGCAGAGUUCUGUGAGCAGGAAAAGUUGUGGUAUCCACUCUCGAAGACGUUGGCAGAGGAGGCUGCUUGGAAGUUUUCAAAAGAUAAUUCUAUUGACAUCGUAACAAUACACCCAGGAGCGGUCAUAGGUCCUCUUUUGCAACCUACUCUAAAUUCGAGUUCUGCUCUAUUCCUGAACUUGAUAAAUGGAUCUACAUAUCCAAAUUUAAGCUUUGGGUGGGUCAAUGUCAAAGAUGUUGCGAUGGCACAUAUUCUGGCAUUUGAGGUUCCCUCAGCAAGGGGAAGAUAUUGUUUAGUCGAAAGAGUUGCUCACUAUUCAGAGAUUGUGAAAAUUUUGCGUGAACAAUAUCCUGCUCUUAAACUGCCAGAAAAGUGUGCGGAUGACAAGCCAUUUCCGCCAAUAUACCAGGUCUCUAAGGAAAAGGAAAAAAGCUUAGGUAUUGACUAUAUUCCUAUAGAGACAAGCAUCAAGGAGACUGUCGAAAGCUUGAAGGAGAAAGGAUUUGUUAGUUUUUCAAAAUUGGCAAUUGCAAAAUAGAAUUCACCCUAAUUAGUUGGGACAAUACUUGAUGGUAUUAUGAAGACAGUGAGGUAGUGCUAUUUGAGAGUAUUUAGAACUAUUGACGAUAUCCUUAAGAUCCACACAAAAUAUGAGAACUUUCAACUUUGUUUUAUGCAAUUGGGCAACCUUUGGUUUAUUUGUUACAGAGACAUUUUCUAGUAGUUAUAAAAGUCUACCAUGUUUGAGUGUAUUUCAUGCUUGAUAGUGGUGUUUUGCUGGCCAUUUAUAGGCCUAAGAAAUAGUAGCAUUGAAUUCCCCUUGACUUUCCUACACAUUCCUUUGGGCUGAAAGAUUGUCAUGCCUUGCUUUCUCUCUUUAAUGCAAAGAUUUCUGCAA